UCCUGUCUCUUCUCCUGUUCCUGUAUAUCUGUAUUUCUGCUGUUUUUAUCAUGGUAUCAGAGCCGAAGGUGAUAAUAGGGUGUCUAUUCCAGUUUGCAGCUAGUGUGUUGCUUGAUUUCUGUAAUCUUUGUUAUGUGAUCUAUGACCUGCGAGGUUCAACUUUUUGUUGUGUGAGCAUCAUUAGGCUAGUGCUAUUGAGUGUUGAAAGCUGCUUGUAGUUUGUUGUUAGAAGCUAAGGGACGCCAUGGCUGUAGCCAACACGAGGGUCGACUGGAAGGAAACCCCUGAAGCUCAUGUCUUCACAGCCGAUUUGCCUGGAUUGAGGAAGGAGGAUUUGAAAAUCGAUUUGGUGGAGAGGAAUACCCUGCGAAUAAGCGGGAAGAGGCACAAAGAACAGGAGGAAAAGACAGAUCAGUGGCAUCGUGUGGAGCGGUCGAGUGGGCGGUUUAUGAGGCAAUUCCAUCUACCUGAAAAUGUGAAUGUGGACGGAAUUUCUGCAAAGCUGGAGAACGGGGUUCUGACUGUGAAUGCUCCCAAAACACAUCCUGAUGCUGGCAAUGGCGGCGACGUUAAAAGCAUUGACAUUGGCAGCGCUUAGAAUAUGACACCCUUAUCCUUGUUCAUUAUUUCUCUUAAUUUGGUGAGGGUCUGAUGGUGAAGUAGUGCUAUUGGAAGAUGAAGUAUUUUGAUCAAAUGUGCAAAGUGUUCUGAUCGGUAUUGAGAAAAUUGGUCUGUCUAAAUGCGAAGGCAAUGUUGCAGUCAAAAGUGGUCAUGUCAAAUAAGAUUGUUGGAGUUCAAAGAUAUCCCCUUAGUGUUGCGAGUUGUGAAGAUUGUGAGAAUUGACAUAGUUCAGUGUUGUUUGUGAAGUUAACAAGUGUGUUGAUGUAAGGGGGUGCAUGAUCGGUGGUACCCGACACCCCAAAAGUGUUUGGUUUAAUAUAUUGAUGAACCAUGUAUCUGAAAAGAUUUCCCGUAGAAUUGGCGAGCACAGCGGCUGGUUACCCAUGUGUCUCGGUAGAUGGAUUUCUUUUUAUAUGGACUCAAUAAUUUUAGUAAAAAAACUCCGCAUGAUGAAAGUUUCCCCAUUGUGAUGGUCAUUGGAAUCAUGUUAGUGCCGAGUCUCUUGUGAUGGUUUGUGGUAAGCCAAAACCACUUGUUUGGGUAAAAAACCCAAAGUAAUAUGAAAUGCAAAGUGAUUGUAACAUUGUGGAAAAC